UAUACGUCCAAAAGCGGCUUUGUCCCCCCGGAGCGUCAUGACGUCACCCAGCGUCGAGAUGGAGGAGUGCGGCAUCUGUUACCUUGACUACGACCAGGAGAGAAAGCCGCGCCCAUUGGCCGCCUGCCGCCACGUGAUCUGUUCCGGUUGCCUCAAGCACCUGGCGGCCAAAGGCAGCGAAGUGACCUGCCCCUUCUGCCGCGCGCCUUCCCCGCUGCCUAGCGACGACGAGGAGGAGGAGGCGGGGAACGGUGACGUCACGGGGCCAUUCAAGUGGUUGAAGAGACUGUACAGAAAAUCCAGGGCGGGGUCUCGCCGUAGAGGUUCUCUUCCCAAGGAGGACCUGCGGGACAUGGCGUUGAUGUGCUCCUACUUCAUGUGACCACUUGCGUGUGACUUCUGCUCUUGGCGUGGCCCUCUACGCCUGGAUUUGGUGGACGCCCGGAGGAUUUGGAACCAUCGAGAAGACGGGGUCAGAAAUGGCGGCUCUGGCGCACCUCCUAGGUGCCCCGGCGGAGCGUAUGGCGGGAGAAGGCUGGCGCGUUUUGGACUGCUCCCGUGAACCCCCUCGCUCUGGAUUAUGGAGGUGUCCUGAGUGGGUGACCCCUUCCCCCCACUUUCUUCUGAGACUUGCUGAACCGAGGAGUUGCUGCUGAGGCGUGAGCCACAACAUGCCUCCUUUCUGAAGCCCCGUGGACUUGGUGUGCCGCCGGUAGGAUUUCACCCGGUGACGUCAUGCUUCCUGUGUCGGGCCGGACUCGCUGACUCAUCGUCAUUAAUGUAUGAUGUCACUCCUCCUCCCAUGAUGCACUUUGGUUUUUGACUAUUUAUGUAUUUAUUGUAUGAGGUGUUAUAUUUUAUAAAUUUAUAUCAUGUA